AUGAUCAUUUACACUGAUAUUAUCUCUGGUGACGAACUAUUGUCCGAUGCCUACGACUUGAAGUUGGUUGACGGUGUCAUUUACGAAGCUGACUGUGACAUGGUCAAGGUUGGUGGUGACAACAUCGAUAUCGGUGCCAACCCAUCUGCUGAAGACGGUGGUGACGACGUCGAAGAUGGUACUGAAUUGGUCAACAAUGUUGUUCACUCUUUCCGUUUGCAACAAACUGCUUUCGACAAGAAAUCUUUCUUGACUUACAUCAAGGGUUACAUGAAGGAAAUCAAGGGUAGAUUGCAAGAAUCUAACCCAGACGAAGUUAGCGUUUUCGAAAAAGGUGCUCAAGCUUACGUCAAGAAGGUUAUCGGUUCUUUCAAGGACUGGGAAUUCUUCACUGGUGAAUCCAUGGACCCAGAUGGAAUGUUGGUCUUGUUGAACUACCGUGAAGAUGGUACCACUCCAUUCGUCGCUAUCUGGAAGCACGGUGUCAAGGCUGAAAAGAUCUAA